AUGGGGGAUGCUGGGGGAAUCACCCGUCGUGCAGAGGCGGCUCUCCUGGCCCGAAUCUCGUCGGAGUACUCUUUCCCGCGGGUUCUAAACUCGGCCACUGCCGGCACCCCCGGUGCCGCUGACGCUGCAGCUGACGCUGCCAGCAGCGCGAUUUUGCCCCUCCUGGCGGAGCACCUGGAGCUGGAUCUCGCCAAGAAGGACCCGGAAGCUUGGAAGGCGGUGCGGGCGGCCUUCGAGCGGGCGCACCCGUGGGCGGUCCGGACGGAAUGUCUCUUGGUGGAAGGGUGCGACGACCGCAUCACCGUGCCCUACGAGGCCGGCAGGGUCACCAACAAGUACCACUGCUCGCCGGUGCCUACUCCGGAGGUGGUCAGUCGCUCCUCCUGCACGAGUAGCUCGUCCAGCCGGAGAGCAUUCGGCAGCGCCGACGACGCGCGGCACGAUCUACUCUUGACGUGGGCGCUCAAGAAAGGGGUCGGGCGGGACCAGACACGAGACGACUCCACGCACGAGCUCUACGAUGACGGGGGUUUCACGAACCGAAUGAGCGACGUCCGGAGGCGCUUGCUAGACGUGCUGGGCAUGGACCGAAACACGGUAGAGUCGGCCGACGGGCCGGCGGUGACGUCGAUCGUUGUGGCCGCCGGUGAGGUGGGGAGUGGAACAGCCGGGGCGGCCGGCGGCCAACACUUCAGCAAGCUCACUCCCAGGGGUACUCCCGGCCGUCCCGAGAACCACGUGGAGGGCAUGCCAGCGGGCGACGUAGUCGUGGUCCAGAUCAAGACCCGCUCCAAGAGCGGCGCCUUCCUUCCCUGCGAAGACAUUGUGCGCAGCGCCGUGCACAAGGCCUUGUCGUCUUGCCCGACGAGCGUCGUGGUGGUGCACUUCGUGGCCGGGUCGAAGACCGGCAUCUGCUCCCCCUCCGAGAACGUGCUGGCUGAGAUGCGACAGCGGUACGGGGAGCACCUGCUGGUUGUGGUGGACGCUUGCCAGCUAAGGUUGGAGGACCAGAACGUCCGCAAGUACGUGUCCCUCGGAUUCCUCACGCUGAUCACGGGCUCCAAGUUCUACUGCGGACCCCCGUUCUGCGGCGCGGUGCUGUUCCCCACCGAGGCCCUCGCCGAGCUCCAGGGCGGGCACGAGCACCUCCCCGCCGGGUUCGACGACUACUUCACGCGGCACGAGGUGGACUCCCGGUACUCGACUCUGUGCUCGCGCCUCCCGAGCUGGGAGAACCGAGGGCUUUUUCUGCGAUGGGCUAGCGCCCUGACCAACAUGGAGGCCGUGAAGAGCAUCCCCAAGACGCGCCUGAACGCGUUCGUCAGCAGCGUCCGACGCAACCCCCGGCCGUCGACCGAGCCCCCCCCCGUCCCCCCUUGGUGCCUCGCUCCGCUGCCUCCCAGCUGGGUGCAGGAGGUACGCGACAACGUGCAGGACAAGUGGCCCUACCUCAGCCUGCUGCCGGAGCAGCGGACCGGCGAGCCGAGCAUCGCCGUGGGCGGGGUGAACACGGUGGUGCCUAUAGUGGUACGGGUCCCGCGGACGUCGUCCGAAGGGCCCGACGGGAACCCCGAGGUGGCCCUCGGGUACGAGGACCUCCGACUCUUCCACCGGCUGCUCUCCGAAGACAUAGGCCGGUAUCUGCCUCAAGACUUGGCCAUGGGCGACCGUGCCGCGGCGCACCUUCGUGUGCUGUUUGGCCAACCGGUCAAGCUGGGCGGGGCGAGCUUCGGCGUGAUCCGCAUCGCCCUCGGCGCCGAUAUGCUGAUGGACGCCUUCUGCCGCGGAGACCCCCCGCUCUCGGAAGAGAACGUCCCCGCAGCUGGAGAGGGCGGAGGCGUAGCGCGCCUUCUCACCCAGGACCGGCUGGCUGUAGACAAGUGCGCCCUCAUGGCUCGUCAUUGGCACCUUUUGAAGGAGGGCGCCACUGGAGUUCCAGCUUCAGAACCUCGGCCCAAGAACAAGCUUUGCCUGGAAACGUUGGCCAUGACGGUAAAGGACAUGAGCAAGGAGGAACUCCGCCUGCUGGAGGGUCUCGUCGCCGCACGACAGCGAGAGCUGCUGGUUUAGUCUAAAGGGGAGAGCUUGAGUGCUACAUGCUACAAGGCCCAGAUCUGUGUCCUUGAUGUUGAAGUGUUUUGCGUACUCGUGGCGCACGUACGUGAAGACACGCUUCGAUCCAUGUUCAGAAAAUGCCGCAAUACAUACACGCAACCGAGUUGUUACGGGUGCCAUUCAAGCCCGAAGAUAGUGGGGAAACGCUCCGUGUCUUGCUUGUCUGUCGUGGGUGACCGGCCGUGCCUGAUCGUUAGGAGCACCCACCGGCUGUGGAAGUUAUGUAUGUUCGUGAGGACCUCUUUGCGCAUGCUUGUCUUUUGUGUUUCUUUGACGUGGGUGGGGUAAGUUAGCAUGGCAAAUAGUUUAAUGUCUUCUCGUGGCACGAAAAAACAGCCAAAAAAACGAAGUUACGGAUAGUGUCCCACACGCACGUCGUAAUGGUUACAAUGCAGCCCUGUCAACGAAUAGCUGCAUCCAUGCAUGUGAUGUCUAGCGUCGACUAGACGCACUACAUACCAGGACCCGAUAAAGGUACCUCGGCGUGAUAGUGCGAUAAAUCAUACUCCGGAGUACAAAGAAGGAAGAGCGGGGUAGUAUGGCUGCGAGCUGCUUGUUGUGGCCUCAAGUCGUUAUUGAGGUUGUAUGCGUAAUUGUGUUGGCAGGGGAAUGGGUGCAGCUGGUAGAUAGUAUUUGUUGGUGUUGUUGAAGGCGGUCUACCAACGUGUUGCGGGUGUGUUCGUAAGGUGGUGUGGUGCUACUCCUUCGGGGGCUUCGCAGAUAUAGAGAGGCGGCCGUA